AUAAUUGUGUUCUGGGGCCGUGAAAGAUUUCUAUGGUGGAAAUUGUGAUCCGAAAGGCUAAGCUGAGUAAGCUGGAAAGAAAGAAAAAAAAGCCAAGCUGUGAGUGUGGCAGAGAGUGAGUGUGUGCGUCUAUAUCUCUCUUUCUCUCUCCCCUGUGUACUGCUCCGUCCGUGCUGCUGCAACGUGCUUAACCCGGUUUCUUUCGAAUUCCAAUAUUGUUAUUAUUAUUGUUAUAAAAGAAAAGGAACAUUGGUUGAAGAGAAUCAGGAGAGGGAAGAAACAGAAGCAGAGGAAGGGAAGAAGAGGAAACAGUGCGCACCUUAGCAUGGAUUCCUCUCCGUCGUCUUCUCUCUCCUCGCUCGCUUCGACCCUACGGCAUCAUCCACUCUCCAAUUGAGAAAGGCACCGAUUCCCAUUCCCAUUCCCACUCUGUCCAACAUAAACCCAACCCUAACUGUCAUCUUUUCCCUUCCCUCAUCCAAGGACAUGUUGUGGCUUAUGAGAUUCUCGGGCUUUUUCUCCGCCGCAAUGCUCCUCGUUCUCCUCUCCCCCUCCCUCCAAUCCUUCCACCCCGCCGAAGCCAUCCGCUCCUCCCACCUCGACGACGUCCUCCGCCUCCCGCUCCAGAACUCGCCACUCUCCUUCCGCCGGUCCGCCCCAUUCCGCAAUGCCGACAAAUGCGUCUCCAAUCGGACCUCCAUUGCCGAGAAUACCAGCGUCUGCGAUCCCUCCCUAGUCCACGUUGCCAUCACUCUCGACGUCGAAUACCUCCGCGGCUCCAUCGCCGCCGUCCACUCCAUCCUCCAACACUCUCAGUGCCCGGAGAACAUCUUCUUUCACUUCCUCGUAUCCGAGACCAGUCUACAGUCCCUUGUCAAAUCGACCUUCCCGCAAUUGAACUUCAAGGUCUAUUACUUCGAUCCGGAGAUCGUGCGCAACCUGAUCUCAACCUCGGUGCGCCAAGCCCUGGAGCAACCUCUCAACUACGCCAGAAAUUACCUCGCGGAUCUUCUCGAGAACUGCGUGGAGAGGGUUAUAUAUCUAGAUUCGGAUCUAGUUGUGGUGGAUGACAUUGCGAAACUGUGGAGUACCAGUUUAGGUUCGAGAACAAUCGGCGCGCCCGAGUACUGUCACGCGAACUUCACCAAGUACUUUACAGCGGGGUUUUGGUCGGACGCUCGGUUCGCGGACGUGUUCAUGGGGAGGAGACCGUGCUACUUCAACACGGGUGUGAUGGUGAUAGAUCUGGUGCGGUGGCGGAAGCACGGUUACAGUAGAAGGAUAGAGAAGUGGAUGGAGAUCCAGAAGAGCGACCGGAUCUAUGAACUGGGUUCUCUGCCGCCGUUUCUGCUGGUGUUCGCGGGACACGUGUGGCCCAUUGAGCACAGGUGGAAUCAGCACGGGUUGGGUGGUGAUAACGUGAAGGGGAGUUGCCGGGACCUUCACGCUGGGCCUGUGAGUCUGUUGCAUUGGUCCGGAAGUGGUAAGCCCUGGCUCCGAUUGGACUCCAGACGGCCAUGUCCACUUGACGCACUUUGGGCUCCUUAUGAUUUGUACGGACACUCACAGUGAUUAAGGCAGGGUAGUCGCCGGUAAAUUCCCUCCACUGUUUUGUCACUUCUCUUCAUUUAAUUUAAUUCUCAUUUCGGUCUAUUUUUUCUAUUAUUAUUUUGUUCCCUCUUCUCUACUCUGCUCCUCUCCUCUCCUCUCCUCACUGUGAACCAACAGAUCAGAUAUUUUACUUCACCCAUUUUUAUUAGACUUCGUUUCUCAGGCCAUUUGUAUUCUACGUACACUAUCUUCUAUUCUGUGGGUUGUGCUCUGAAAAUAAAUAAGAUAAAAUAAAGAAACGGGUGGUUCUUUUA